GUCAGUACCUGUUUUAUCGUGACUCCGCUCUGGACACUGGAAAAGAUUUUAUACAAAAAGGGAGAUUAUUUUGAUAAACAACGUGUGAUCAUGAUCCGCAAAGAGUGUCGCCGAGAGCAAGAAAUGUCAAAUAGCAAGUGACUAGAAAAAAGGAAAAUGGAAAGUUAGAUAAUAAAUGAGUGAAAAUGGCGAGGGAAGAUCAUGAAUUAUCUUUGGCUGUUUCUGAAAUGGUGGUGGCGAACGACAAGAGAUCCACGGAGAACGGCCUCCCGCGGCGCCUCCGAACAGCCUACACCAACACUCAGCUCCUAGAACUUGAGAAGGAAUUCCACUUCAAUAAGUACUUGUGUCGGCCGCGGCGGAUAGAGAUAGCCGCCUCGCUGGACCUGACGGAGAGACAGGUGAAGGUGUGGUUCCAGAACCGUCGCAUGAAGCACAAGCGCCAGGCGAUGACCAAGAGCGACGACCCCGACAAGAAGUCGGGCGGCGGCCGCCACCGCGCCGACGACGCCACCAACAACAACACCAAGUCGGCGCCGUCGUCGCCCGACAGCAUGUGCUCCUCCGACGUCAAGAAGGAGGAGAGCAACGACAGUCUGCCUCUGGGCGGCGGCGCGGGUGGCAGCGGCGCGGGUGGCCCCCUCCCCUCCGUGGGGCCGGGGGCGCCCGGGGGCGGCCCCCCCGGCUCGGGCCUCGCGCCCCUCGCCGCGCUCGACACGACCAAGGUCAAGUGCGAGGACUCCGAGGGCGUGCGCUACCCGGGCCCGGCGGCCUUCGGGGGUGAGGGCGUGGGCCUCAAGGACGGGCCCGGGGGCGGGGCGCAGGACACGGCCCCCCUCAACACCCCGCCCAUCCCGCGCGCCACGCCGCCCCUCACGCCCGCGACGCCCACGCCCUCCCCUGCCCACCUGGCGGGAGGCGCCCGGGGCGUGCCCGGGUCCCCCGCCCUCACCACCCCGCCCAUCACAUCCAGCAGGGGAGGCCCGCCGCCCGCGCCCACCACCACCGCAGUCUCCGCCUCCGCAGCCGCAGGCGCAGCCUCCACCACGAACACCUUGCCGUCGCACGGGUUCGCCGUGAACUCCGGCGGCCGCGGCGCCGCCCGCAGCGCCUCCUUCUCCUACUGCGGCGCAGAGGGCAAGGGGCGCGGCAUGGCCGGCAGCUACCCGGGCGCGUACCGAGGGGCGUGGGUCGACCAGUACCGGGGCAUGGGGCGCGCCACGCCGCCCCAGUUCAUGGCCAACGCCAACAGCCGCGCCUCCGGCACCCACGCCUACGACUACACGUGCGCGCAGCAGCACCAACAGCAGCAACAGCAGCAGCAGCGCGGCCAGCACAUGUACAACGGCGGCUACGGGAUGGACGGCUACUCCUACAACCGGCACUACUACAACAACAACAUGAUGUGCGCCGACGGCUACUCCAGCUACAACUACAUGUACGGCAGCGGCGGCAUGUACGCGUGCCAGGGCGACGCCUCGGGCCACCAGUACUAUGAUUCGUACGGCAUGGCGGGCGCCACCGGCUACGAGCACGCAGACAAGGGCUCCGGCAUGGCCUCGAUGACGGCCAACAAUCCUGCCAACAUGGCCAACAUGGCCAGCAUGAACAACAUGUCUCAGGGCGGCGGCGGCGGCUACUACGGCGGCGGCGGAGCCAACGGCACGAGCGCGGACGGCGUGGCCUACCAGGAGCAGCAGUACGCCAACCACCAGCAGACCCACGAGCACGACCUCAACUUCACGUUCAACUUCUUCGAGCAGGGUGGCGGCGGGGGCGGCGGCGGCGGCGGGGCCAACGGCGCUGCCGGCGGCGCGGGGGGCGGCACCGGCGGCAGCACGGCGCCAAGCGAGAACAGCAACUCCUCCGACUUCAACUUCCUCUCCAACCUGGCCAAUGACUUCGCGCCCGAGUACUACCAGCUAAGCUGAGUUCGCGCGGCGUCCGGCAGCGAGGGCGGCGACGCGUGCGAUCUGAUAGACUUCAUGUGAUGCGCAAAAGAGAAUUUAAAAAGGAUAAGAAAUAGAUAAUUUUUAUAGACCAUUUAUUAUUUGUGAUUCUCCUACAUUGACAGUUAGCAAAAAAGAUGUACGUGUGAGCAAGCGAAGGGCGUCCGAGGCGCGCGAGUGAGCCCCCGCGGCCGCCCAGGGCUGGCCUCGAGAGGGCCAGAGCCUCCCGGCCGAGGCGCCCGCGGGAGGCCGUGCCGCGACGCCGCAGCCCGGGAACUGGUCCUGCUUCGUGUUAACGGUGAUGAGUGUGUGUAGUGUGUGAAUUGUGUAGGGUAUGAAUAACACCCUAGUGUCAAGUGGCACUUAGUGUCAUCCGGACUGCGCCGCACGGAUAGGUGCCGCCUGUGGCCGGGCACCACCUGGCCAGAAGUGCCACAAUCGUGUCCUUUUGUGCAUGGCACCAUUAUGUCCCUUGUUGAUGUAUGAAUAUCACUGACCCCAGAAUGUGUUCCAGUGCAUGGCACUUGUGUGUGUCACGUGUCUUGUGUGAGUGCCACACUGUAUCCUGCAGCCGCUUGGUGACCGAACCAUUGCCAAGGGAACCAUGCGCCGCGCGGAGCGAGUGUCACGUAGCGGUGUGGUGCCAGUCAUUCCAACGCCCCGUAGAUGUCCCCCCCCCAUCCCCCCGUGCGCGGUAGCCGUGUAGUCGCCCGUAAUUCCUCUCUCCCGUAGGGUUAAGCUUCGGCGGCCUCGACCUGAGGCCGCCGGUGAUAUGGGGUCAUCAUUCUGUUGUCGGAUUUUCAGCAAUAAUUUAUACAACUUUUAAAUUUUUCUCAUUAUUUUUCCAAAUGCUGGGAGCCCACGAGGCUCGGGGACUGAAAUCACGAUAUCUUCCUUAGGUUACUUGGCGAGAGUGAAGAGAGCCGCGUUCGAUAAGAUGCGGUCUAAAAAAAAUAAAAAAUAAAAAAUAUAAAAAAUGAACAAAAGAAACUAAAAAAAGAGAAGAAAACAAAAAAAAUAACGGUCCAUCACGGGAGCCAAUGUCAAACGAGUAUAAGAGUCACGUGACCGAAGGCCCUCUCGCUGCCCUCUGAUUGGUGGAAACGAUUACUCAAAUUUCUAGAACGACUGUGCUUUCGAAAAAUGGCCUCACGAUAUAUGAUAUAUCUUGACUGAGGAAAGCAGGUUGGGAAAAUCAUCUCUGUUUACAUUCCCUUGGUUGUUUAUCAGCGUAUUUUGAUUGAAAUACGCUGCUACUAAAACAAUAUCGAUGGUAAAUACGUUUCCAAAAUGAGCGAUUGAUUUCUGAUUGAACAGGCAACACAGUCUUAGGUUUAUUUACCUCUCCUCCUGUUUCUUUCUUUUUUUCUUUAUCUUUCACCUCCUCUUCUUCCGCUCAUAGUUUUCUUUCUCCUCUGUUUGCUAUUUUUCUUCAUUUUCUUUAGAUUGUCUCUCCUCCUCUCCUCCUCUUUCCCCUUUAACUUUUUCCUUCUUCUCUUCUUUUUUGUCGCCUUUCCUCCUCCUUGUCUUCUUACUCCUCUUCCUCCUCCUC